AUGAUGGAGAAUGUGAACCUUCCGACUUUCAUUGUCCUCUUCGAAAGGGAAUCAUUUGUUAUAGCCGGGACGCCACGAAUAAUUGUCCCGAAACAUCCGUCGCGGCAUCUCAGAAAAAUUAAGUUCAUCCCCAUCAAAGGCAAUCGGAUCCUACUACUCGCAACGUAUUCGGGAGGGACAACCUAUCACCUACUAUCAAUUUACGAAAUCCGCUCCGAUAACCGUAUUGGUCCUAUUCUGUGGUCUUUCAACAGUAGCCACGUUGAUGCAUACUUCGAUAUUUUUGGUUUGGAGCUGAUAAAAUCCACCAAAAAUGCAUUGGGAAUCUCUUUUGGGAAGCGGUUCAAUGACCAUUGGAAACUGUUCGACAUCUCUACUACUGGAACCGACGCCUUGGAUGAUUUUCCUCUAAUUGAGUCCGGAAGAAUAGAUUUUGAUCCAAAGCCCAAGUCGAAGCGGGAGUUCGAACGUAAUCUCACCAAACUAUCCCCUGACAGGCACAUUCUGUUGAAUGUUGAUUAUGACCCUUACAAACGACACAGCGAAACAAUUGACAUUCACCAUUCGGAUUCUGGUGGCACGAACAAUAUGGACUUUUCCUUUAUUACCCGCAUGUCUAUUCCCAUUCCCAGGGUCUCAAAAACAUUUGAGAACAGCCCACCAUCAAUUACAUUCUCUGCCGAUGGGUCCAAGUUUGCUAUGUCUAUGGGGCACGGCAGAGUGUCUGCUUGGGACAUCCGAAACAUUGAAGUUCCUUUAAAGACAUGCAUGGACUCAGUCCCAAAGUCCAACUCCUAUGGUGCAGGUUACCUUCAAUUCAGCAGUGGAAAAUUAGGAAAGGAAGUUCUUGUAUUUGUGGAGUCUCUUGCAUUCAUUCAUGUGAUCGAUGCGACGUCAUUUGAGACAGAAGAAAUUCUUCCCGUAAAGUUAAAAUACGGAUUAGCAGUGUGUGCGCUUUUCUUCGAUCCAAGUGGGGAGACUCUGUAUGUUGAAGUUAUCGGAACACUCUACGAGUGGGACCUGCGGAAAAAUGAGACUGGUCCUGAAUGGUGGAUUGGGGAAGACUUACGAGGGUUCAAGCAAAAGAAGCGUGAAGGAGAAGAGACUGAAAUUGGAUUGACCUCGGUUCAGAAACCCGUCGCGGAGGCUGGUGUCGCGGGCGCAGGUACGACCGCCGACGGGAAAGGGGGUGGGCGCACACCUCAGACAGGGGGUCGCAUAUGGGGUCUAGGAGCCGGGAUUCGCUUCUCUACCGUCCAGCUUUCUCUCCAACUUAAACUUGCUCCGUCUGCCUCGGACGUAAUCUCUCUAUAUCUUCACCUAACAGCAACUCCUCCUCUUUCAAAUUUCUCGGAGCCUUACGGCGGCGCGAUGCUGCAGGAAUUGCACGUAGUAAGACGUGAAUUACGGCGGUCAAGAACGCCUCUGAGUCAGUUUCCUAUCUCGCAACCUAAACACGCGCCUCAUCCUACUCUGCGUCUUCUACUCCCUAUGGCGGUCCGUUUGGGAUUAAGUACAGUGCGCGCAAAUGUUGAUUAUGCGCGGAAAAGUUGA